GGCAUCCAGAAGGGUCCCCGCUCCGACUUCGACAUGGCCUACGAGCGCGGCCGCAUCUCGGUGUCGCUGCAGGAGGACAGCACCGGCGCCUUGGCCGCCUUCUCCCGGUCCGUCUCGCACGAGCCUAAGGAGCGCAAGUCGGUGACGGUGGAGGAGCAGCCAUCUGGUGUCUACCACUACAACUACUGCGAGGACGAUUCGGUGGCCGGGGACUGUCCCUUCGGGCCCUACCAGGGCCGCCAGACCAACGCCAUCUUUGAGGCUGCCAAGCGGGAGCUGGUCAAGCUCAUGAAGGUGGAGGACCCUUCUCUCCUCAACAACCGUGUCUUGCUCCAUCAUGCCAAAGCUGGGACGGUCAUUGCCCGUCAAGGGGACCAGGACGUGAGCCUCCACUUCGUGCUGUGGGGCUGCCUGCACGUGUACCAGCGGAUGAUCGACAAGGCUGAGGACGUCUGCCUCUUCUUGACGCAGCCCGGCGAGAUGGUGGGACAGCUGGCCGUGCUCACCGGUGAGCCCCUCAUCUUCACCAUCAAGGCCAACCGCGACUGCACCUUCCUCAAAAUCUCCAAGUCGGACUUCUACGAGAUCAUGCGGGAGCAACCCAGCGUGGUGCUGAGCGUCGCCCACACCGUGGCUGCCCGUAUGUCACCCUUCGUGCGCCAGAUGGACUUUGCCAUCGACUGGAUGGCGGUGGAGGCCGGCCGGGCGCUCUACAGGCAGGGUGACAAGUCGGACUGCACCUACAUCGCGCUCAACGGGCGCCUCCGCUCCGUCAUCCAGAAGGGCAGCGGCAAGAAGGAGCUCAUCGGGGAGUACGGCCGCGGGGACCUCAUCGGCGUGGUGGAAGCCCUCACCCGACAGCCCCGUGCCACCACGGUCCAUGCGGUCCGGGACACGGAGCUGGCCAAGCUGCCCGAGGGCACCUUGAACAACAUCAAGCGCAGAUACCCCCAGGUUGUCACCCGCCUCAUCCACCUCCUGAGCCAGAAGAUUUUGGGAAACCUUCAGCAGCUCCGUGGGCCCUUUGCAAGUUCCGGCUUGGGCAUGGCCUCCAGCUCGGAGCCCACCAACCCCACCAGCAACCUGUCCACGGUGGCGGUGCUGCCGGUGUGCGAUGACGUGCCCACAGCUGCCUUCACGCUGGAACUCAAGCACGCGCUCAACGCCAUCGGUGAGUGCCGGUGCAGCAGUGACCGUGGCACGGUGGUGGCCACGGUGUGGAGGUGA